CAUCUCUUACAGAUAAUGCUUACACGUCACGAUAGUCAAUGUAGCGUGUGUCCGAACAAGUUAUUAAAAUGGAAUAUUGGAGAAAAAUAUUUACGUGUGUCCUAAUAACAAUUUGUUUCUUUGGAGAAAUAUCAGAAGGAUCACGCGAUUUUCAGAUAAGAACAGAACAACGACUCAAGCGAUUUUCAUGUUCAUACACGUGUUAUAAUGGAUAUUGUAACUCGUAUCAGGGUAGAUGCGCUUGUUACAGCGGAUGGAGUGGAUAUAGCUGCAACUAUGAUGUGAAUGAAUGCGCCAGUAACCCUUGCCAGAAUGGAGCUACAUGCCACAACUUACAGAACCGGUAUACUUGUACUUGUAGCUUUGGAUGGACGGGGACACACUGUAAUAUAGAUGUGAAUGAAUGCGCCAGUAACCCUUGCCAGAAUGGAGCUACAUGCCACAACUUACAGAACCGGUAUACUUGUACUUGUAGCUUUGGAUGGACGGGGACACACUGUAAUAUAGAUGACAAUGUCUAUAGACUGACUGGCGGACAAGGUAACUUCGAAGGAAUUGUUGAAGUUUAUGCAAAUUCAAGAUGGGGAACUUUCUGUGGAACUCGCUUCUCAAACAAAGAUGCUAAUGUUCUUUGUAGAAUGUCAGGCUUUUCGUCUGGUGUUGUUGUGAAAGGGUCAAACUAUGGUUUACUAAAUUAUGACACAAUAUGGACUGGAAACUUGGGUUGUGACGGAAGUGAAGCUCAUAUCAAGUAUUGUAAAAGUAUUGCUUCAGCUUUUGGAACAAAUACAGCAUGUAAUCACACGCUAGAUGUGGGCGUUAAAUGUGGUCAUACGCCAGUCAGACUUGUUGAUGGUUCGCUGCCAUCAGAAGGCCGAGUAGAAGUUCUUCAUAACAGCGUAUGGGGAUCCGUUUGUGGAAUGCAUAUCACACAGAAUGAUGCAGACGUAAUCUGUCAUAUGUUAGGUUUCAACAACAGUGCAAAAGCUAUAGAAAGGAAUUAUACUGCUGGAUCUGGACCUGUUUGGCUCAGGUCUCUGAACUGCACCGGCUCUGAAGCUGACAUUCAGUUUUGCCAUCAUGGAAGUUGGGAUAACCAUACGUGUGAUCAUACAAGCGAUGUAUCUUUAAAAUGCUAUGCUACAGAGAUUCGUCUGUAUGGCGGCUCAGCAAGUUUGGAUGGCACGUUGCAAAUUAAAAUGAAAGGCUCCUGGAAAACUGUGUGUGAUCAAAACUUUGGACAGAACGAAGCACGUGUUGUGUGUAGUAUGCUUGGAUAUAAUAGAUCAGAUGUUAGGCAUUACAUUUAUAAGUCCAACUAUUUUGGGGACAGUACGAGCGGGGUUUUAGAUGGUGUUAAAUGCAAGGGGAAUGAAAGCGACAUCAGCCAAUGCGUAUCCUCUUUCGAGUCAUCCUGUCCGGCUACAUACGCUGUAGGACUAAAAUGUGAGGGUGUACAGUUUCGCCUUGCUGAUGGUCCACACGAAGGUGAAGGUCGUUUAGAAGUACUACAUAACGGACAGUGGGGUACAGUGUGUGACUCUGACUGGGAUGAUAACGAUGCAACCGUUGUGUGCAAGAUGCUUUCGUCAUAUCCCUUUGAGAACAAUGUUAAAGGGAAAUCUGUCUCCGGUUCCUACUUCGGCAGAGGCACAGGGCCUGUCUGGCUGUCAGACAUAAAUUGUCAAGGACAUGAACCUGACAUAACCAACUGCUCAAUAACCUGGUCAGGUGGUGUCAAUUGUGAUCACUCAAAUGAUGCUGGAGUUAUAUGCAACUAUCCGUACCAGAAACGCCUGUCCAAUGGACGAUCACAGUCUCAAGGCCGUGUGGAAUUCCUCCAGUCUGGAACAUGGUAUUCGUAUUGCGAUGACGGCUGGAAUAUCAGUGAUGCUAAAGUCAUAUGUAGAGAGAUUGGAUAUUGGAAUACGAACCCAGCUGUCAGCUAUAAUUCUACAUAUGGAAAUGGCAGAUCUAACUAUGUAGUUCGGCCCCAAUGUGAUGGCAGUGAGGGAAGUUUUGAGAUGUGUAGAAUGGAUAAGUUGUUUAAAAGUUCCACCUGCUCAGUUUCAAACAGUGUUGGUGUGGAAUGCCAGCCGGUAGCUGCCACAACAUCAAAUGUUCGGAUUGUUGAUGGUCCUGGACCAUGGUAUGGCAGACUUGAAAUUAAGUCCAAUAAUGUUUGGGGAAGUGUAUGUCAUGAUUCCUGGGAUGUCACUAAUGCACUCAGGGCAUGUGAAUCGAUGGGUUUCAAAUACUUGAGCUCAGACGUAUCAAGUUUUGAGAUGGAACGCGGUCUAUCGCCAAUGCACAUUAACUCGGUGACAUGUAACCCAUCAGAUUUAAACCUUGGACUCUGCAAGGUUGACUUCAAUAUCAGUGAUUGUGCAAACCGAAAUUCAAAGGCUGUGGGACUUGACUGUUCAGGUGGUAUCAAUGUGACCCUGUCAAACACAUACACUGGUGAGGUAAUUUUUCAUACAUUGGAGAAUGGCACGAUGAAGCAGUGGUCGGUGUGUUACAACGCGGUGGAUAAAAAUGCUGCAAAAGCGAUUUGCUCGAUGAUUGGAUAUCAGAAUACAUCUCCAAAUAUGUCUGCAGUAUCUUCUAGCAAUCCUGUAUUGUUUACGAAUUUAUCUUGUGCGGGUUGGGAGUCGCAUGUGAUUCAAUGCGACACGUUGCGUACUGGGCCGUCGUGUGGACAAAAAGCUGCUGUGAAUUGCUUUGGUUGUGUGAGGACUUUCAAUACAGCCAGUGGUAAUGUUCAGUCACGUGGUUAUCCGAACUAUCCGUCGAAUACAGACUGUCUUAUAGUCAUCAACAAACAAUCUGAUACACCGCUGAAGUUGGAUUUUCAUGACCUAGAUCUUGCCGGUGAUGGCGAUUUUGUUGAGGUAUGCGAGGACCGUUUUGAUACAAUGAACUAUAAUAAAGAUGAUGAUGAUAAUGAUGAUAAUGCUAAUGAGUGCUAUGAAAGUGAUUCUGUGUCAGGAAUGGAUGCAUGUAUGUUUGAAGCAUCCAAAGAAGUCAAGUAUGCAUCAUUUCCAGACAGAGGUGCUAAUGUAGUUGAUACUGUGAUAUCCAGGAUAGAAUGGAAAUAA